AUGGCGCCAAGGUUGGCAAGAGAGGCGAUUUCGACAAAGGCGGUAAGGCGGGCACUUUCGCCAGGCGCGUCAGCAGUGUGGGGCAGCCAGCCGCGAAGGGCGCCGCUGCGGCAACUCAAUGAGGUCAGGCCCGCCGCCCGGGGGGGAGGCUGCCCGGCGGGCUACGGCAUUGCCAGAGCGCUGCAGAUGUAUGAAGGGGUGGGAGAAAGUUCCAAGGCGGUGCCUAGGUGCGCAGACCUAUUCCUUCCCGAUAAGAGGAUGGGCGGCGCCGGGAUUGGGGCGCCGUGCGGCCGCGUCUGCCUGGAUCGACAGGGGCGGGCGGGGCCGCUUCACAUUGCGGCGCCGCGCAACGGGGUGGAUGGGUGCAUGGGUUGCGCAGGGCGCGUUGGCUGA